AUGAUGAAGAAAUUAUUGAGAAAUUUCAAAGUUAAAUCAUGGUGGUCAAAGACAAGAUGGCGGACGUCUUCUUCUCCAAUCAAGAAAACGAAACGAAACUGCUUCAAUGGUGUUCAAAGUCAACAAUAUGUUAUAUGUGUUACCCUGUAAGUUAUUAUAUAACUACUCUUAAGGUAUAAAGCUAUUAUGCUUUAUUUGUUUUACUUUUUACUAACUCAUUUAAUAUUUUACCCUAUUUUUCUUAAAAAAAAUGUUACCUAAUAAUACGUUCAUUGCAUACAUUUCAAUACCAUAACAUGAUGAUUACUAUCGAAUUGAUACAGUAGUCGUCCAUUGGACAUUUUCACCUAAAUAUAACCCUGUUACAUAAAAAAAUUCACCCUCCCCCUAAAAUUAUAUUACAGGUCCCCCCAACACAGCUUUAAUUUAUCGGUAAAAUGUCGGUAUAUUCUUUAAUAUAUAUAUAAAUAAUAAUUAAUGAGCUAUUUUUUUAAUUCCCUGUAGUGAAUCUAUCAAGCAAGAUAAACCGUGCAUGGCUAUAGAGAGUGAACAGCAGAAGAUGGUGAGUUUUUUUUUUCUCUGGUGAAUUAAUUUACACGAUAUAUUGAAUCAGACUUUAGAGAGGGUGGGAAAGGGUAUUUUCGUGAGCCGUGAAUGGUGAAUAUUUGUUCGUGUGAAAUGUGAAAUGCUUGAUUUUAGUGUCGUGAAAUGUGAUUUGUUCUACAGCCGUGAGGCUUGAUUGUUGAUAAAAAUGCUCCGUGAAAUGAGAAUUAAGGAUGCCUGUUUCGUGAACUUUGAUUAUUAUAGUGAUUAUUAUAAUAAACAUGAUACGCGAUAAUCAAAUUUAUAUGAUCUCAUUCGAUUGCACAAGAGUAAAAACUUCGGAGGCCUUUCGCGACGUUCCUGACGCUGAGGACAAGGUUCCUGAAUCCUGACGCUGAGGACAAGGUUCCUGACGCUGAGGACAAGGUUCCGGACGCUGAGGACAAGGUUCAUGACGCUGAGGACAAGGUUCCUGGCGGUGAGGACAAGGUUCCUGGCGAUGAGGACAAGGUUCCUGGCGAUGAGGACAAGGUUCCUGACGCUGAGGACAAGGUUCCUGACGCUGAGGACAAGGUUCCUGGCGGUGAGGACAAGGUUCCUGGCGAUGAGGACAAGGUUACUGGCGAUGAGGACAAGGUUACUGGCGAUGAGGACAAGGUUACUGGCGAUGAGGACAAGGUUCCUGGCGGUGAGGACAAGGUUCCUGACGCUGAGGACAAGGUUCCUGACGCUGAGGACAAGGUUCCUGACGCUGAGGACAAGGUUCCUGACGCCGAGGACAAGGUUCCUCACGCUGAGGACAUGCGCGGAGGUCGUCGUACAUUCUCGUCACUCAAACUUGUAAGUUAUGAUGUAGUUUUUAACUGACAGGUAGAGAAGUGAGAGAACUUAAAGCGUAGAUACUGUACCAUGCAUUAAACAUAGUCUUAAUAAACCUAUUAUUAUUAUAUUAUUUUAUGAGAAUCUAGUUUUCCGUGAAAUUGCUUUUUUAAGACACGUGAAUCGUGAAACGGCUUUUUUUUUCGUUGUGAAACGUGAUCCAUACCCCCCUUUCCCACCAUCUUUAAUGCAUAGUACAGUCUCUACGCUUUAAGUUCUCUCACUUCUCUGCCUGUCAGUUAAAAACUACAUCAUAACUUACAAGUUUGAGUGACAUGCAUGUACGACGACCUCCGAAAAGCCUUCAAAGUGUUUACUCUUGUGCAAUCGAGUGAGAUCAUAUAAGUUGAUUAUCGCGUAUCAUGUUUAUUAUGACUAUUAUAGAAUAGAUCGAAAUAAACAAAGCAAAAUCACAGUUCACGAAACAAACAUCCUUGAUUCUCAUUUCACGGAGCAUUUUGAUCGACAAUCACGCCUCACGGCCGUAGAACAAAUCACAUUUCACGACACUAAAAUCAAGUAUUUCACAUUUCACGCGAACAAAUAUUGACCAUUCACGGCUCACGAAAAUACCCUUUCCCACCCUCGGUUACGUCAAUGUAUUGUGAUAUGGUAUAAUAUUCUAAGGCUGGCAACUCUUCGACACAAUACAUUUACACACUACAUUAAUAAGGUCGCUUGAAACAAAAGUAUCUUUGAUACAUUUUCCAAAGUUAUUGCGAAUUUGUGAGAAAAGACUCAGAUAUGAAAAACUUCGGAUAUAUUUUCCAAAUUUAUUAAUACUUUUUGGAGUUGAAAAAAGUUUAGAAUUGUUUAAAUUUCUUCCAUAAAAAGUUAGUUUUUAUCGAAAGUUUGCUGUAGAUAGCCGGGAUAAAAAUUGCUUGACGAACGUCAUCAUCAGAAAAACCAUCGGCUUAUUUGACUUAUUUCUUAUCGGCUGCUGGACAAUCGGAAAAUUCCGAAUAUAAUAUACUGCAGUCAAUGAACUUCAGAAAUUUUCGAUUUUUCAGCAGCCAAUAAGAAAUAAGCCGAUGGUUUUCCGAUGAUGACGUUUGUUGAGCAAUUUGCAUAUCCCGCCCAUCUACAGAAUAAAUUCGAUAAAAAGCAUUUUAUUGAAGAAAUUUAAGCACUUCUAAACUUUUUUCAACUCUAGAAGGUAUCAAUAAAUAUAGAAAAUAUGUCCAAAACCCAAGGUGUUUUGUAUCGAAUUUUUUUCUUCAGAAAUAUGCGUUACUUUUGUUGUUUCAAGCGACCGUAUUAAAUUAAUGUGUGUAACAAUGACGUAAUCAUGCGAGUCUGCAUACAUAGUAGCAAAGACAUGAGAACUUUAUGUGCAUUUUUAAACAUUGUAUAAGUGAACACAUAUAUUUGCUGGAUUGCAUGCCCAUGAUACUAGCUUUUGAACAAGUAACAACUGUUCAAAAAGUCUGCCUUACAUCGUAAAAUUCCCUCUUGCCAUUUCUUUUUAAUUUGUUCCCUAAAAUUUUUAUUGCAUAUUUUUUUGGUAGAGUGAUAUGAAGUUAACGACUGGACAAAAUUAA